AUGGAGGGUCUCGAAACUGAGAAAACUGGUGCAUCAUGUGAGAGCAGCUUGGUUAAUUGCUUUGAAGUGUCUGGAGGCGGCCGAUUGCUCCUUGUCCGCAAAUAUAAAACUGCUUCAGAUCCACAAAUUGAUGUCUACCAGUUGCGUAGAGAUCGUUCGGGAUGGUUUCUUAAGUACCGCCUUGAUCUUCCUGCUCGUUUUGACUGCUACAGAAAUGCACUGUUCGUUGUUGGGAGGGGAAGUGACAAGGACCCGUUGAUCCUGGUGUAUGCAAAUUCGUUGGCAAUUGUACGCAAGCAUAACUUGAAAGAUAAGAGCUUCGAAGAAUCAGAUAUUGGGCGGUUCUUCUUCGGUGGAUCAGUAUACUGGAGGGAGAACUUGAAAACUAAAGCCCAUCACUAUAUUGAGAGUCUUGCUUGUGUUAGAUAG